AUGCCUUCCUCAGAAAACUUGAAUGUUUGGUACGGUGUGCUGUUUGUACAUCAGGGAUAUUACAGAUCAGGGGCGUUUAAAUUUAGAGUGGCUAUUCCAGAAAGUUACCCAGAAUACCCACCGGCUGUAACAUUCAUGAGUGACAUGUUCCAUCCACUGGUUGAUGGUGGUGGAAAUCUGUCUAUAUCGCAACAAUUUCCAACCUGGAGACCCUAUGAAGAUUACAUAUUCCAUGUGUUGCACUACAUCAAGAAUAUAUUUAAGAAGGCUGUCUUGGAUAGACUGGUAGAUAAACAUUGUCAUAACAAAGAGGCCUAUCGAUUGUAUCGAACGGACACAAACAUAUUUGGAAAAUUAGCACAGCAAUGUGCACAAUUGUCAAUCACAGAAUCCUACUUGUUUGAUCAUUUUCCAGACGAUAACAUGAUUAAGUUCUCUCCCAUCAGUGAGGGAAAGUACGGUAAAGAGCAUAUUUAUUAA